AUGUCUGAAGAAACAGAAUUUGAGGCUUUGCAAUAUCUAAUGAAUAUUGCAAAUCAUUUUAUAAACGAAGAAUCCAAUAUUUCAUCUGAUAUGAAACAAGUAUCUUCUCCAGAAGAUAACACAACAUGCUCAGAACUCAUUAUGAAGUCUGAUGCAGCAUUAGAAAAAUAUACUAAACAAGAUAGUAUAUGUGAAAUAUGCAAACAGACUUUUGAUACUCCUAUCACAUUAGCCCAACAUUUAACAACACAUUCUGAGAAGUCAUUAAUAAAUAAAAAUGCUGAUGAGGUACCUGUAAAACCUUUAAAUAAAAUCAAAGAAAGACUUCAUGAAUGUGAAAUCUGUAAUAAAACAUUCAAUAGCCGAAGAAAAUUAAUAAGACAUGCACAAACACACAACAAUAAACAUACUGUCACUUGUGAAAUAUGCUCUAAAUCAUUUUCUACUUCAAGCAGAUUAAAAAGACAUACUGAAUUUCACUCUAAACAACUUCCUCACUCUUGUGAUAUAUGUGGUAAAAUCCUUGCAAAUCGUGCAUCACUAAAAUCACAUGUACUUACCCAUGCUGCACGUUUACAUGAAUGUGGUAAAUGUGGUAGGAAAUUUACCCAUUUAUAUGUUUUAAAACGACACAUGUUCACACAUUCUGAUGAACGACAGCAUACUUGUGAAACUUGUGGUAAACAAUUUAAAUUCUUGAAUGAUUUAAAAGUGCAUCAGGUUAUCCACACCGGAGAGAGACCUUUCAAAUGUGAUGUAUGCGAUAAAACUUUUGCUUAUGCGAGUAAUGUGAGGCAACAUAUGGUUGUUCAUUCAAAUAAACGUCCUUUCAAAUGUGAGACUUGUGGUGUGGGCUUUAAAAAAGCGGGGAAUCUGAAAGAUCAUAUGAAGAUUCAUGCUAAGGAUCGUCCUUUUGAUUGUGGGACUUGUAGUAGCACUUUUAUACACCUGAGGAGUCUCAUUAGUUCCUGGAACAUCAACUGUGAACUGGUGACUCCAAAGCAGUGCAAAGACUUGUGCCCCCUCCUACGUACGGAUGAUCUUGUCGGGGGGCUCUGGAUUCCCGGAGACGGCGUUGCUGAUCCAUAUCAGACCUGUAUGACAUUGAUAAACGAAGCAAAACUUGGAGGUGUCCAAGUGGUGGAACACUGUCCAGUAACCGGUGUGAUCCAGGAAGGGGGCAAAGUAGUCGCUGUUAAAGCUGGCACUGGCUUUGUGGAAUGUGUCUACUUUGUUAAUUGUGCUGGUUUUUGGGCCAGAAAAGUCGGCCAGAUGUCCGAACCACAUGUCAAGGUUCCUUUACACCCUGUUGAGCAUUAUUAUCUGCACACCAAGAAGAUACCAAACUUGGACCCUAAUACACCUGUGGUAAGAGACUUGGAUGGACACAUUUACUUCCGAGAAAAGGAUGGACAUUUGAUGGCUGGUGGAUUUGAAGUUAUUGCUAAACCUGCUUAUGAGGAUGGAGUCAUACCAAUGUCAAAUUUUGAACGAGUUUUACCAGAAGACUGGGAUCACUUUUAUGUCCUGCUUGAAGAAAUGUUGAAAAGAGUUCCUACUUUAGAAGAUGCGGUUUUGGAACGACUGUCUAAUGGACCUGAAGCUUUUUCACCAGAUGGAAGAUGGAUCAUGGGAGAAAGCCCAGAAAUUCAAAAUUAUUUGGUGGCAGCUGGCAUGAAGACCGUAGGAAUGUCUUCGGCUGGUGGUGUUGGACUUUCCAUAGCAGAAGUUAUUACACAAGGGUACACCAGAUUUGAUACUUAUGAAUUAGACAUUAAUAGAUUUCUAGGGCUGCACAAUAAUAGAAAGUUCUUGAGGGAUAGAGUCAGAGAAGUACCCGGUAUGCAUUAUGGUUUGAAAUAUCCUUUUCCGGAGUACCAAACAGGACGGAAUUUGAGAAUGUCUCCAAUAUAUCCAGCACUUCGAGAAGCUGGUGCUGUUUUUGGACAAGUUAUGGGUUACGAGAGACCUGCUUACUUUGAUCCACCAAAUGAAGAUUCAUCAAACGAGUUUUCAAGACCUUACAAGAUAGCUUACACGAAUACUUUUAACAAACCUCAUUGGUUUGAUAUUGUGAGUGAGGAAUAUGCAGCUUGUCGAGAGAAAGUUGGACUUAGUGACUAUUCAUCGUUUACUAAAAUUGACCUAUGGUCGAAAGGUACAGAAGUAGUAGACACUCUUCAAUACUUGUGUUCCAACGAUGUAAAUGUUCCAAUCGGCAGCAUCAUUCAUACAGGUAUGCAGAACCGGCAAGGUGGUUAUGAGAAUGAUUGCUCUUUGGCCCGACUUGCAGAAAACCAUUAUAUGAUGAUUGCUCCAACUAUCCAACAAACAAGGUGCAAAACCUGGAUCCAAAGACACUUACCAUCCGAUGGUUCAGUGGCAAUUUCUGAUGUGACAUCAGCCUACACGGCGAUAUGCAUAAUGGGACCCUUUACAAGGAUAUUACUGUCUGAGUUAACAGAUACUGAUUUGAGCCCUAAGAAUUUCCCUUUCUUCACUUUUAAACAACUGGAUGUCGGUUUGGCUAAUGGGAUCAGGGCUAUGAAUUUGACACAUACCGGAGAAUUGGGAUAUGUUUUAUAUAUACCGAAUGAGUUUGCUCUGCAUGUGUACAGUGAGCUAAUAACAGCCGGUCAAAAAUAUGGUUUGAGACAUGCAGGUUACUAUGCAAUGAGAGCACUUCGAAUCGAGAAAUUUUAUGCUUUUUGGGGCCAAGAUUUGGAUACUGCUACUACUCCAUUGGAAUGUGGAAGGGCUUGGAGAGUUAAAUUUGAUAAAGGUGUAGAUUUUAUUGGAAGAGAAGCUUUAUUAAAACAGAAGCAAGAAGGUGUGAAAAAAAUGUAUGUUCAGUUGUUGCUAAAUGAUCAUGAUCACGAAACAGACAUUUGGAGUUGGGGCGGUGAACCAAUAUUUAGAAAUGGGGUUUAUUGUGGGAUGACUACGACUACUGGAUAUGGAUUCACAUUUAAGAAACAGGUUUGUUUAGGUUUUGUGAUGAAUUUAGAUGCUGAAGGAAACAUGCAACGAGUAAGCAAUGAAUACAUUUUGUCAGGAGAUUAUGAAGUUGAUAUUGCUGGCAUCAGAUAUAAUGCAAAAGUGAAUCUCCAUUCACCCAACUUGCCGACUAAAUAUCCUGAUCAAGAACGUGAGGCUUACAAAGCUACGAGGGACAAAAUUGAUGAAACUAAUAUUCUCACUGUUGGAAGAUAA